UGUAAGGGAUCCUCGAGCAGCAAACCAGCUUGCGUUUGAAAUGUGGAAUCUUCGCAUAAGAAAAUUGGUUGCAAACCCGGUAAAGAUUAAAGUUAAGAAGGAUUAUACACGUGUACCUUUUACUGAGUCGAUAUUACGUCGUAUCAAAUGAUGUCUGGUGAAACUUCCGAAUCACGCGCUGCACACGGCCCGGCUGUCCUCGUUUCUUUGGUUUUGAACGCGCUGCAAAAUGCCAAACAGGGAAACACCAAGGAUUAUGAUAUGCUGAUUCAAAAACUUGCUGACCCUGAUAUCAAGGAGAUGCACUUGCAGAGAUAUCUGAUGGCACUAACAAGUUGUUCAGCUUCUCUGACAAAGCAAUAUGAUACACUAGUUGGCACAGCCCUGAAUACAAGAUGGGCAGUGUGUGGCGACAAGACAGUUGAAGAGUUUAUUGAGUUCCUGACAAGUCUUGUAUCUGCCCAGACAUAUUACUUGAGAGCCUGUCUUCGCAUGAUUGUCAAGCUUUUCCUCCCAGGUGUUUCAAAGGACGGACAUCUAAAAACAGGGGACUCUGAAGCAGAUUUAGACAAGGUAUUUUGUCAUGCUCAUGAAGCCCUUCAAGCAGUACUCGAGGUGGUGCCAGCAGUUCCACAGUUUUUGAUCCCUGUGCUGUCAGAAAACUUCCCAUACAUGAAAAAACCAACAAUAUUCCAGGCAAGUUAUGUAAAAAACCUGCUGCAGAUUACAAAAUACCUCCCUGACCUCAGAUCAAAAAUUCUGGAACUGGUUAUCCACAAUCUUAUUACAAUUGAUGUUGAAAUUCCUAAGCAUGAACUUGAACAUAAUGAAGCUGCCAUUGAAGAAGAUCACACGCAGUUUGAAGUAGACAUGGAUGAAGCCAAUAUUGCUGUGGAAGCAUCAGCAAACCAUGAUGAAGAGAUUUGUAUGGAGAAUGAAAUGGCAGACAAGUUGGACAUUCUAAUGGAAAUUUUGUUCAAGUACAUCCAUGAAGUCACUCAUAUCAAUGGAGAACACAGUGUUGAUGCUGGUACUGAAUUGUUCAACGAGCUUCUGCUGGUGUUUGAAAAUGUCAUUCUUCCCACUCAUGCAUCAUGCCAUGUUCAGUAUGUCAUGUUUCAAGUGUGCAGCUUUGAUCUGGAUUUUGCCAAUUCAUUACUUGAUGUUUGCUGGAAAAAGAUUGAAGAUCCUAACACGCCAUCAAUCCUGAGACAGGCCUGUGCAGCGUACAUCGCAAGCUUUAUAGCCAGGGCUAAGUACAUUCCCAUUAGCACGGUACAAACUUGUUUGGAUCUUGUUGCACACUGGAUUCACUGUUAUAUUGAUAUGAACGAUGCUGGUUGUCUGGGACCUGAUGUCAGUAGAUACGGACCAUUUUACUCAGUUUGUCAGGCACUUUUCUACAUGUUCAUUUUUCGGCACAAGCAGUUACUCGACCUUGAAGAAGGAUUGAAGUACUUAAGAAGAUUGAACCUAGAUAGAAUUGUUACUUGUCGAAUGAAUCCACUGAAGGUUUGCUUGCCAACGGUUGUUAAAAUGUUUGCUCACAUCACAAGGCAACAUGAGCUCGUCUUCUGCUACACGAUCAUUGAACAAAAUAACAGAAUGAUGUUGCCAGUGGCAACGCCAACAUCGAGCCGUGCGGUGUUAAACUUGUCUUUCAUGAAUCAACUGGACUCCUUCUUUCCUUUUGAUCCAUAUCUUUUGAGAAGAUCAAGCAAGUUUAUCAAGUCAUGCUAUCAAGAAUGGGAGGGCAUCGAAGAAGACGAGGUAGAUGAGGAUGAAAAGAAGCAUUCAGAAGGAGAGGAUGAGGCUGAAGAAUACUUGGAAUACAGCAGAAGCCCAGAUGCAACAGUACCGGGAUUCACUCCUGACACACCCAUGUGUGUCUCUCCUGGCUUCAUCUCCUCGCCUAUCACACACUUAACAGUUCAAGUGAAUGCUGUGAACAGAUCACGAAGAUAGAGCGCUCAGUGGUACACCGGUUCCAGUGCACUGGUCAGAGACAAGAGACCUAUGAACCUCAUUCUGGAUUGAACCUUGCUACAUUUACAUCACUGCAAAAUUCAAGUAUUCAGUUUGGUCAGUCAGUCAUUGCAACAACGAAUCAGGAAUGAUGCAAACGUGCUUCUGGGCCCAAUAUCUUGAGUUGACUUCGUACCAAAGUGAAACCAAUACCUUAACUUGCCAGACUUUCAGAUUAUUAUAGUGACUUCAAUGAUGUUCAACACAUGACGAAGAG